AUGGCUAUCCAGGUUGAUGAUACACACGAUCAAAGCCAACACAAGCAUGAAUCUGUUGACAUAUCAUCUGCGGGUCAGGCUGAUGGCGACGGCUUCACAUCUUUUGAGGUCGCCGGCCUUGUAGCCGACGAGCCCACCACCCCCACCGCCAUGAGAGAGGAAGUUUUGCUUAUCUCAUGGCUUAUCGUGCUCUUGCGAACCCGCGAAGGGGGCCAUAUCCGAUAUGACUGGGCAUACAAGGGGCCGGAACAGGAGCCAGUGAAGGAAUGUCUGUCGAUGGGAGAACUGGCGAUAGGUUUGCAAUAUAGUGUCGGACAGGCCACCGCAGCAAUUUCCCAGUAUAUCAAGACCGUCUCAUCAAGUAGGGAUGCGACUAUGUCCAACCCCGCCUCACUCCUACUGAGUACGGGUUCCCUGUCGCAAACAUCAGAAGAUGUGAAAGAAGAAGGCACAAUUCACCUCGAGACACGCUUUGAGAAUGGCCGACUCGCGAUUCGCCCAGCUUGGCGCUCCGAAACAAUGUUAGAUUUCACAGUCACGCAACACGUCAAGUCGCUGGUCGACACCAUCCAGAUGUGUCUGUCGAAUCCUGAUGCGUCCAUUGAAACCUGCCUUCGGCCAACCGCGAGUGAUUUGGAUGCCAUAUGGGGGGUGGAAUCACGAGCUUCCGCCCUCAUACAACUUCUGCAUGCACGAUGUAUUUUCCGAGCAAUCUCAGAGAUUCCCAGACAAGGUCGCGAUCUCAUCGUGGGAUGGAAAAUGGGUGUGGAGGUACAUGAUUUCAUUCCGGUUUGCUUUGAGAAAUCAAGAUGGACAAUCGUCGCCGUACUUGCGGUGAUGAAGGCAGGAGGAACUUUGGUGAUGAUGGACCCAACACUUCCGCUUGCUCGUCUGCAGAAUAUGGCGAAACAAGUUGGUGCGAAGGCGAUGGUAUCGUCCCGCAACCAGCACGAGCUGGCAACAACUAUCAUGCCAGACGGAAAACACAUCGUUGUGGAAGCAGACGCAUUCGCACACUUAUCAAAUUCAGAACCCCUUCCACAGUUGCCGGCAGUCCCGUCAUCUGCCCUAAUGUACAUAAUCUUCACUUCUGGCAGCACAGGUACGCCCAAGGGUGUCAAGAUCUCUCACGAAACAUAUACAAGCAGCGCGUUCCCACGCGCAAAAGCUGUUGGUUAUACGGAGGAGUCUAGGGUUCUCGAUUUUGCAUCAUACGCUUUCGAUGUUAGUAUCGACAGCAUGCUUUUGACUUUGGCAAACGGGGGUUGCCUUUGCAUUCCCUCCGAUGAAGAUCGACUGAACGAUAUUAAUGAAGUGAUACGAAAAAUGAAAAUCAACUACGCAGGUAUAACUCCGUCUGUGGCCCGAAUUCUGGAGCCGGAUGUGAUAGCAUCGCUGAGUGCAUUGGGUCUGGGGGGAGAGGCAGCAGCGGCGACGGAUGUGACACGCUGGGGUCAAGACACUAGGAUUGUCAUAGGUUACGGCCCUUGUGAGUGCACGAUCGGAUGUACGGUGAACAGCGAUACUGCCACCGGUAGAGACUAUAUCUCUAUUGGGACAGGAAACGGCGCAGCCAUGUGGAUUGCCGACCCUAAUGACCACAAUGUGCUAAUGCCAGUCGGCGCUGUGGGUGAGCUACUUGUUGAGGGCCCAAUUGUAGGACAGGGCUACUUGAACGAUCCAGAAAAAACCGCUGCCGCUUUCAUCCAUGACCCAGCCUGGCUUACUGCUGGCCACAGUGGCUAUGCUGGCCGCUCGGGGCGUCUGUACAAGACUGGAGACCUUGGAAAGUAUGAUCCAGACGGUUCUGGGGGCAUUGUCUUUGCUGGGCGAAAAGACACACAAGUCAAGCUGCGCGGACAACGUGUCGAGCUAGGUGAAAUCGAGAGCCAGCUUAACGCCAGACUAACUGCAGAAAUCACCGUGAUUGCGGAAGUGAUUAAGCCUCAGUCUUCUGGGGGCCAGCCCACGUUGGUGGCAUUCCUUGCGUCUCAGUCUACGAAGAAGAACGGAGACACUGAGCUAAAGUCGGCAGAGCUAUCAGACGACCUGCGCAAAACGCUAUCAAAAGCUGAUGCAGAAAUCGCAAAGGUUUUGCCGCGUUAUAUGGUGCCAAACGCAUAUAUCCCGGUCAAUUACAUUCCUGUUUUAAUUUCGGGAAAGACGGACCGCAAACGGCUUCGUGAAUUCGGUGUCACAGUAGACUUACAACAGCUGGAUCAAGGCACAAACAACGAGCCUGCACGGGAGUUGACGGACCUUGAGCAACGGUUGCGCCAGGGUUGGGGCCAAGUAUUGAAACUGGAUUCUGAAGCUAUUCGACCUGACGAUAAUUUCUUCGCACUCGGUGGUGACUCCCUGGCGGCCAUGAGGCUUGUGUCGGUCUGCAGAGCGGAUGGUCUCGAUCUCAGUGUCACCGGCACCUUUGGCCACCCUACACUUUCAGCGAUGGCCAGCGUCGUCAGCAUCAUCGACUCGAAGGUGAAGACAGAAACACCGGCAUUUUCAAUGAUCACCCAGGCUGUAGAAAGCGCCUGUCUGGAAGCAUCAGAAGCCUGCGGAUCAGAUCCUGAAUCCGUCGAAGACAUCUACCCUUGUACUCCCACGCAAGAGUCGCUUUUCACCUUCUCGCUAAAGUCAGUCAAGCCAUACAUCGCCCAGAGAGUCGCUCGCAUUCCCUCGCACAUCAGUUCUGAUGCUUGGAAGAAUGCAUGGAGUGAGGUUGUAGCAGCAAGCCCCAUCCUGCGCACUCGUGUGGCCCAGCUACAGGAACGUGGUCUUCAGCAGGUCGUGCUAAAGGAGACUAUCUCCUGGAGGUCUUCGACCGAUCUUGUUCAGUACCUAGAGGCAGAUCGGAACGAGAGAAUGAAUCUGGGAGAGAGCCUAGCUCGAUACGCCAUAGUUAGCGAUCCACAGACUGAGACGAGGUACAUGGUCUGGACAAUUCAUCACGUGGUCUACGACGGGUGGUCAGAGCCGGUAAUACUUAAGAAUGUCAGUGAUGCCUUGCAAGGCCAGCCGAUUGAAACCCAGGCACAAAUCAGAGACUUCGUCAAAUGGGUCCGCGAUACAGAUGAAGUUGCUAUGCAGGCAUUCUGGCAACGAGAACUAAAAGGCGCAGUUGGACCUCAGUUCCCCCGGUUACCCACGAGAGACUACUUGCCAGUUCCAGAUGCUAUGGUCGAACGUCAGAUACCGCUUGAGACAGGUUCCGGUUGGCCUUUCACACUGGCAACACUUAUUCGCGGUGCCUGGGCCCUAGUGGCGUCACAGUAUACAGGGAGCGACGAUGUUGUAUUCGGCGAAACGCUCACGGGGCGAGACAUUUCGUUGCCAGGAGUGGAAGGUAUUGUGGGUCCAUUGAUUGCAACAGUACCUAUCCGCGUACGUGUUCCUCGAACAAGCUCCGUCGAAUCCUAUCUACAGGCUGUGCAACAAAGUGUUGUGGCCCGUACUCCAUAUCAGCAUAUGGGGAUGCAAAACAUUCGCAAGGUCAGCCAAGACGCGCAACAUGCAUGUGAAGCUGGUACAGGUUUGGUCAUCCAGCCAGAGCCGGAGUAUGUGGGCAGCGAACUGGGCUUUGAGCUUGGAGACGUCGUACGUGAAGCGCUGCAUUUCAACCCAUAUCCGCUCAUGUUAGGCUGUGGUAUCCGAAAGGGCGGUUUCAGAAUAUGCGCAAAUUUCGAUAGCUCCCUGGUGGAGAUCCCACAAAUGGAACGAAUCCUCGCGCAGCUCGAAACGGCUUGCUUGCAGUUGACGAAAGGCCUCUCUAGAAGGAUCAACGAAAUAUCCUGUCUGCCCGAGGCGGAACUGGAUCAGAUCUGGCGAUGGAACCAGGUUGCCCCGUUGUCCUUGGACGAAUCAUCGGGAAGGCUUCGUGCAAAUGCGAACAUCAAGCCAGGAUCAGUUUACCCUCCUACGGUGGUUCCCUGGGUGUGCGACCCGCGGAAUCCAUCGUUGCUAUCGCCAAUCGGCUGUGUGGGUGAGCUCUGGCUCGAAGGCACCUUCCUUUCAGGCGGUGCCAUUGAUUCCCCCUCCUGGCUCCUGGCUGGCAGCUCCAACUUCAAAGGCCGGGCGGGAAGAGCGCAGCCGACCGGAGACAUGGUCAAUUUACAAGAGGACAGAAGCUUAAUAUUUGUUGGUAGAAAGGAGGAUGUCGUGCCAGUUCAAGGGCAUGCAGUGGAUAUCGCCGAUGUCGAGUCUCACUUUUCAAAAUACCUCCCACCAUCUGUUCGUGCUGCGGCUGCCGUCUUCCAGCCAUCUUCAGACGAUGCCCACUCUGUGGCAGAACAAGAGCUGGCCAUAUUCAUAGAGCAACAGCCCUUUGACGAAGACAGUGUUGAGCUCCUAUCGGCGAAGUAUGAUAUUGCUCGUGAGGCUUCAGACACGCAAAACUUCUCGACGUCUAUUUGUGCCAAAAUUCCCGUCAGUCUUACCGUUGCACUGAAGCGACUCAGAAAAUUUAUGCAAGACUCCCUUCCAUCAUACAUGGUCCCCUCUGCCUACGUUGUCCUGGACAAAUUGCCCACUGAGAUGGGUGAAGUCAACCACAGUUUGCUCAAACAGCUAGCCUCGAAUAUUCCAAAACACGUACUCAUCCAGCUUCGUGAAGCCUUCCAGCAGGCCUGGACGAAGAACUUGGGGCAAACUAAUAUGUCCCUCCCAGAGAGUAUCCUGCGGUCCGCCUGGGCAAAGAUACUAGGAAUGAGUCCCGAGAAGAUUGAUGUCGACGAUAACUUUUUCCGCAUGGGUGGUGACUCUGUUCUAGCAAUGAAACUAGUCUCUAGCCUUCGUGCGCAGGGGCACAGUUUGUCAGUGGCCGAUAUCUUCCAACACAUGCGUCUUGGUGAUGCAGCUAAAGUACUGAAACUGGGCCAGGUGUCGCAACAGAAAGCCCAGCCUUACAAGGCUUUCUCGACUCUGGGCCGUCUGGACGUAGAGCAGUUCGUGUCCGAAAUUAUCCGGCCGAAACUUGCUGAUGUUACGUGGUCUAUCCAAGAUGUAUCUCCCGUGACAGACUCCCAAGCACUCGACGUCAGAGCUACCGUUCAGGGACCGCGCACUUCGAUACAAUAUACUAUGUUGUACCUGGACCAGAAUAUCGAUCGAGAGCAAUUGUUCCGCGCCUGCAACGACCUGGUCAAGACUCACGACAUUCUGCGUACUGUCUUCAUCGAACACGAAUCUACCUUCCUUCAAGUUGUUUUGGAUGAGCUGGUCGUUCCUGUAUCCAUGCACCAAGCUGAUAAGGAUCUUGAUCAAUACAUCAAGGAUCUCUGUACAUCAAACACGGAAUCCUUCCACCUAGGAUCGUCCUUCUUCAAGUUGCUCCAUGUCGAGGGCAGCGAUGGCCAAGGAUGCCUCAUCCUAGGUCUUUCACACGCUCAGUACGACGGAAUGUCUCUACCUAGGCUGCUACAAGAUCUGGAAACUUUGUACACUGGCGGAAAGAUCAUCGACUUCGAGCCGUUCUCAGCAUAUAUUGCCCGGAUUUCCAAUGAAGGUGUCCAAACCAAAGCAAUCAACUACUGGCGCAACCUUCUAGAAGGGUCAUCCCUGUCUGUUCUAGAAGGAACGUCAGUACAGCCUACGGACAAGGCCAUAUUCCAAACUAAGCCCGUCGAUGUCUCCCAGCCUCUAGAGCUCGAAGAGAUCACGACUGCGAACUUACUCACUGCAGCCUGGGCGCUGGUACUGGCACGCCGUAUCCAAAAGCCAGAUGUGACAUUUGGUGGCGUGACUUCAGGCCGAAGCAUUGACCUCGCAAAUGUGGAAAAUGUUAUGGGUCCCUGCUACCAGCUAACCCCUAUCAGAGUCGCGUUCCAGUCACAGUGGACUGCGAUGGAUCUACUGCGCUUUGUUCAGAAGCAAAGCGCCGAAUCUGCGGCUCAUGACUUCCUCGGGUUCAACAAAAUCUCAAAGCAAUGCACAGAGUGGCCAUUGGAAGCAACAUGUUUUGACUCGCUCGUCCAUCAUCAGGACUGGGAUGACUUUGACACCAUGCCUUUUGCCGAGGGAACUUGCAAGGUUGAUAUCCUUAACCCGGAUGGGGAUGCCCCUUAUCCUUUAAAGGUUGUUUCGUUUGUCCGCGAUGGGCAAUUGAAUGUCGGAGUCGCUGGAAGUGAAAGAGAUGCGGCGUUCGUGAACGCAGCCCUUGAUGAGUUGGCUGCCACGGCCCCUAGCUUGGUCAAAGUCGCCGACACUUCCCUCGACAUUGGUUCGUAG